GCUGCACUAGCUGGAAGAUGGCGGACUGCAGCACACUGCUGGAUGAAGAUCUUGAGUCUUUCGUCUUUAACUACCUGACCGACAGCCCGGAGCCUGGAGAGGAGCCUCUUUCACUGGAUUUCCCCGAGAUCGAUUUGUCCCAGUUGGACGCAAGUGAUUUUGACUCUAACAGCUGUUUUAAUGAGUUGCAAUGGUGUAAUAAUCACUCAGAGAACGAUUCCAGCCAGUACAGCACUGAUGACUCCGAGCUGCUUCAGAUUAUAGACAGUGAAAAUGAGGCGUUACUGGCAGCCCUCACACAGACACUGGAUGAUAUACAGGAGGAUGACAUCAGCCUGUCUGCCUUCAUAUCCUCGGGAGACGGGGACUUCUGCCCCUUACCUGCCCUCUUGGCCAAACCCAGCUUCCCAUGUGAUUCCCCUAAGAGCCCAGAAACUGAAGAUGAGCUGUCUAUACUGAAGAAGUUGCUGCUUUCUCCAGCUCAGACGCCAUUGAACAGUGAUAUUCCCAAUGAUGGCAAUAUACGGCGUCAGGGAACAACUAAAUUCCGUCCUCUUCGAGUAUGUUCAAAGGUGGAAAGCCCGACAGAUAGACAGGCUGGACUUUUCCAAACACAGAGUCGAAGCUGUACAGAGCUACACAGGCAUUUAGUAUCUACCGUUCCUCAGACUGCUGUCUCAUCUUCAAAAGAGGAAAAUCAGGACAGCUCCAAGGAAGAAGACAGUGACUCAAAUGAUGAUGAAAAUAAUGAGGAUAGCUCUGUGAACUCCUCAUCGUCCCCCAAUUUAGAAAAUCACAAACCACAAUUUACCUGUGAGCGAGAGAAACGUGCAGUGGUGGACCUCAUUCGAUAUAUGCACACCUACUGCCUUCCUAUAAAGAAGCAGCCCUCUAAUGAGAAGCACCAGCAUUGUAAUACCAUCUUAAAAAGACCCAAAUUGGAAUCUACUCGGCAAACAUCACCUUGUUCUAAUGAAGCCAGUAAGAUGGGUCCUAAAAAGCGAAACUGCCCUUCGUUUAGUAAAUGUAAGUGGACGGGUUCAGGUUUUUCUAUCCUGAAAGAACUACUAGCAAAGGACAUUUCGGGGGAUGUAAGCAAGCCAUACAGAUUAGCUCAACCAGUAUAUGCAUCUCUCUCCGAUUCCUGCGUCAGCUCUCUGUCUCACGGUAAAGAAGGGUUGAAAUUAGGGUUGGGUGCAAGUAUUAAAACUGAAUUUGAGAAAGUCCAUAAGUCAUGUCCGGCUCUUAAAAAGGAUACCAGACUUGUCGAAGUUGCUCGGAAACCAACAAAUGCUUCUCAGGAGCAUUUCACUGUUAAAACAGCUCCAAAACAGGAAAGCUCAGUUUAUGCAGUUAGGCGAUCAAGCAGACUUAAUCCAGAAUUUAGUGAAUUACUUUGGUUCAAUGAGGACAUGCCUCCACAGACCUGUGGGGAACAGAUAGCUGCUGAUGUAGAACUUGUCCCAGCAGUGAAAGCUUUUGAUGAAGAUGAACAGAUAGCUGAGGUUGAAGUUGAAGAAUUAUUGGAUCCAACGGAUGAAGUGGAUAUUGCCAGAGCAGAAGUUUUGGGAAAUGAUUCCCAUGAACUGCAUGCAAACACUAUCACCAAACAGUUCUGUCCGCAAGAAACCCCCAGAUGCCAGCCGCUUUCAUUACCACAGAGUGAUUCUACGUUUGAGAAGAGAAAUUACGAGCAAGGCCUUAGUGUGGAGCUCUGUGGAACUGCAGGACUGACACCACCGACCACCCCACCAUACAAGCACACAGAAGAGGAUCAUUACAAGCCUGAAAUUAAUCAUAAUAGUGAACCACUAAGUUCUUCGCCUUCCAAUAUGGAGGCAGUUGGAGAACCUCUUUCAAUAAACAGGAAACAUUCUAGAAAACACCCAGAAAGGACUGAGUUAUAUGCCCACCUGAGUCGGACUAGUGAUCCUCCAGGAAACUGUGAAUCACAGGGACAAAAAAGACCAUUUUCCAGAUCUUUUGGAGACCAUGAUUACUGCCAGGUGAAAAAAUCAGAUACUGGCUUUCAAAGGAAGAUCCUUACGUCUCUAGAUCUGCCUAGCUACAUGGAAAGGAAGCUUAAGCAGCACGUGAUUCCAGCACAGCAGACACAUGUUGAAAUCAAGAGCAACAGGUCUAUUAAAGGGGGCAACAAACUUUUAAAGGACCAUGAAAUCCGAGCCAGUCUCACCAAGCACUUUGGUUUUCCUGAUAAUAACCUUAAAGAGGAAAGCAAUGGUGGAUGUAACAGCCCUAAAUAUGACUCAGUUUUUGAGUACAGUGACAGUGAAUGCAGCUCUCCCACAGAGGACUUAUCUUGUCUGACCCCUCACAGAACCAACAUAUACGCUCAAGGAAGCCCUCCCCCCAAAAACAAGCUGCAGUGCUGUCCCCGCACACGAUCCAGCCUUCGAUCAUCACGGCACAGCUCACCAGAGAGUAGGAGUAUUUCCAGAUGUGAUAGUAAUGAAAAGCAGCAACAGACUGAAAACGUAAGCCAAAGGCAGAUUAAAAAAAGAAGAGAAAAGGCAAUUAAUGAAGGACGCGUGAUCUACAUUAGAAACCUCUCCAGCAACAUGAGCGCAAAUGAGCUGAAAAAAAGAUUCGAGGUAUUUGGAGAGAUCACUGAAUGCCGUGUCUUGAGCAGAAACAGGGGAGAAAAAUAUGGAUUUAUAACGUAUCGAUGUUCGGAGCAUGCGGCUUUGUCAUUGAAGAAGGGCGCCUCUCUAAGGAAAAAGAGUGAACCCUCCUUUCACUUGAGCUAUGGAGGACUCAGGCACUUCUUUUGGACCAAAUACACUGAUCUAGGUAAAACAGUUGACCAUAUUCACAUGCAGAGUCCUCGCCAGCUUUAACCAAGAGUAAAUAUGAGUCUAUGGAUUUUGACAGCUUGCUGAAAGAGGCACAGAGAAGCUUGCAUCGAUGACAGCCUUAACCAAGGAGGAUCACCUCUAUACCUCAGUCAAGGCACUUGCAACAUGUUUACGUUAAAAAAAAAAUGGAAUACAGAAACAAAAGACUUUAUUCUUUCAAAUUGAUGUUUACAUUGAACAAAGCUGCUUCUGUAUGUGAUUUUUCCAUGGUGUUGCUGUCUCACUGCCAUAUUUUAGAAUCCUUGCUUUUUGGGUGCGUCUGUAGGCGUAUGGUCUUCCCCUUUCCUAUUGUACUUGCAGCUGUGUUCUCCAUAAUGUUUUGUCUGUAGUGUGUUAAAAAACUAAAAAAAAAAAGUAGAGAACAAAAAAAGUCAUUUGUGAAUAGAGUCUAAAUGACAAAUUGAUUUUAACAGGACAAAAAGAUGUAUAUUCUUUAAAAAAAAUAUGUAUUUAUGGUUCACAUGUACUGUAUUUUGGAUUGUUGUACGCUUCAUUUAAACUAUGCACUGUAGUGAGGUGUUUGCAAAAGAUCAGAGUUAAUCCUCAUAAACUGACCAUGAACCAUCGGUCGAUGAAUC